CUGAGUUGCUCCGGCUCUCUUCGCCCCGCCCCGUCAUUGUCCCCAUCCGUAUCCUUUUCCCUUUCGUCCUAAAAGCUUUGAGAGCUGCUGGCUUCUCCUAGUGCUCCGCGUCUCUCCACCUUCGGUGGGUCAGACGAGCAGGAUGGAGGGCUGCCUGGGGGAGGAAUCUUUUCAGAUGUGGGAGCUCAACCGGCGCCUGGAGGCCUACCUGGCCCGGGUCAAGGCGCUAGAAGAGCAGAAUGAGCUGCUUAGCGCGGAGCUCGGGGGUCUCCGGGCACAGUCCGGGGACGCCUCUUGGAGAGCUCGUGCCGACGACGAGCUGGCGGCCCUGAGAGCCCUCGUCGACCAGCGCUGGCGGGAGAAGCACGCGGCCGAAGUGGCGCGCGAUAACCUGGCAGAAGAGGUAGAGAGCGUGGCGGGCCGGUGCCAACAGCUGCGGCUGGCCCGGGAGCGGACGACAGAGGAGGUGGCCCACAGCCGGCGCGCGGUCGAGGCCGAGAAAUGCGCCCAGGCCUGGCUGAACACCCAGGCGGCGGAGCUGGAGCGCGAGCUGGAGGCUCUGCGCGCGGCGCACGAGGAGGAGCGCGCGGGCCUGAACGCCCAGGCUGCCUGCGCCCCCCGUGGCCCCGCUCCGCCCCGCGGGCCCCCCGCGCCGGCCCCCGAGGUGGAGGAGCUGGCGCGGCGGCUGGGCGAGGCGUGGCGCGGGGCAGUGCGCGGCUACCAGGAGCGCGUGGCGCAGAUGGAGGCGUCGCUGGGCCAGGCCCGCGAGCGUCUGGGCCGCGCCGUGCAGGGCGCCCGCGAGGGUCGCCUGGAGCUGCAGCAGCUCCAAGCGGAGCGCGGCGGCCUCCAGGAGCGCAGGGCCGCGCUGGAGCAGAGGUUGGAGAGCCGCUGGCAGGAGCGGCUGCGGGCCACUGAGAAGUUCCAGCUGGCAGUGGAGGCCCUGGAGCAGGAGAAACAGGGCCUACAGAGCCAGAUCGCCCAGGUCCUGGAAGGUCGGCAGCAGCUGGCACACCUCAAGAUGUCCCUCAGCCUGGAGGUGGCCACAUACAGGACCCUCCUGGAGGCUGAGAACUCCCGGCUGCAGACACCUGGCAGUGCUUCCAAGGUUCCCCUCAGCUACCUGGACCCUAAGCUGGAGCUGCAUGUCCCUGGGACCCCCGAGGGCCGGCGUCUGGGACCUUUGCUCUCUGUCCUGAGCCCUACUCCCCUCUCCUCACCCUUGCCUGAUACCCUUGAGACACCUGUGCCAGCCUUUCUGAAGAGCCAGGAAUUCCUUCAGACCCGUACCCCCACCUCGGCCAGCACUCCCAUCCCACCCACACCUCAGGCUCCCUGUCCUGCUACAGAUGCUGAGAUCAGAGCCCACGAUGCCCCUCUCUCCUUGCUCCAGCCACGGGCUGGGAGACAACAGGCUUCAGAAGCCAUGUGGGCUGAAGCCAAGGUGGCCAUCCCUGCCAGUGUCCUGCCAGGACCAGAGGAGCCUGGGGGCAGGCAGCAAGAGGCCAGUCCAGGCCAGUCCCCUGAAGAUCAUGUCUCCUUGGCCCCAGCCCUCAGCUCUGACCACCCCAGUUUAGAAGCCAAAGAUGGAGAACUCGGUGGGUCUAGAGAGUCCAGCAGAUUCCAGGAGGAAAGUGAAGGGCAAAUCUGGGAGCUGACAGAGAAAGAAACAGCCGUAGAGGUCAAAGUAGUGAGCAGCUUGCAACAGGAAACAUGGCAAGAAGAGGGGAACCUUGACAUGAAAGAAAUCCAGGACUCCCAGGGUCCUUUGGAAAAAGAAACUCUGAAGUCUCUGGAAGAGGAGAUUCAGGAUCCACUGAGGUCUCUAGAAAAACAGAGCCAUGAGACAGUGAGAUCUCUAGAGAAGGAGAAAAGAGAAUCUCUGAGGUCUUUGGAAGAAGAGAACUUAGAAACACUAAAAACUCCAGAAAGGGAGAAUCAAGAGUUAUUGAAAUCUUUAGAAGAAAAGGAUAUGGAGGUAGCAAGACCUCUAGAAAAAGAGACUCUAGAACUACUUAAGCCUAUAGGAAAAGAAGACCUACAGACAUUGCAAUCUCUAGAAAAGGAGAAUCAGGAAAUAAUGAGGUCUCUUGAAGGCAACAUAGAGACGUUUGUAUAUCUAGGAAAGGAAAACCAAGAAUUAGUGAAGUCCCUAGAAGAGGAGAACUUUGAGUCAUUGAGAGCUCUAGAAAAGGAGAGUCAAGAGCCACUGAGAUCUCAAGAAGUAGAGAACCAGGAAACAUUGAGGCCUCUAGCAAAAGAUAAUCAAGAACCACUGAGAUCUCUAGAAGAAGAAGACCAGGGGACAUCAAGACCUCUAGGAAAAGAGAAUCGUAAAUCCCUGAGGUCUCCAGAAGAUGAGACACGUGAGACUUUGAGACCUCUAGAAAAAGAAAACCAGGAGUCGCUGAGGUUUCUAGAAGACAACCAGGAGACAAUGAGGCCUCUAGAAAGAGAAAGCCAGGAGCCACUGAGGUCUCCAGAAAAAGAAAACCAGGAGUCACUGAUCUCUCUAGAAGAAGACCAGGAGACAAUGAGACCUCCAGAAAAAGAGAAUCAGGAGCCACUGAGGUCUCUGGAAGAAGACGACCAAGAGACAAUGAGACCUCCAGAAAAAGAGAAUCAGGAGCCACUGAGGUCUCUGGAAGAAGAUGACCAGGAGACAAUGAGACCUCCAGAAAAAGAGAAUCAGGAGCCACUGAGGUCUCUGGAAGAAGACAACCAGGAGACAAUGAGACCUCCAGAAAAAGAGAAUCAGGAGCCACUGAGGUCUCUGGAAGAAGAUGACCAAGAGACAAUGAGACCUCCAGAAAAAGAGAAUCAAGAACCACUGAGGUCUCUGGAAGAAGGUGACCAGGAGACAAUGAGACCUCCAGAAAAAGAGAAUCAGGAGCCACUGAGGUCUCUGGAAGAAGGUGACCAGGAGACAAUGAGACCUCCAGAAAAAGAGAAUCAGGAGCCACUGAGGUCUCUGGAAGAAGGUGACCAGGAGACAAUGAGACCUCCAGAAAAAGAGAAUCAGGAGCCACUGAGGUCUCUGGAAGAAGGUGACCAGGAGACAAUGAGACCUCCAGAAAAAGAGAAUCAGGAGCCACUGAGGUCUCUGGAAGAAGGUGACCAGGAGACAAUGAGACCUCCAGAAAAAGAGAAUCAGGAGCCACUGAGGUCUCUGGAAGAAGGUGACCAGGAGACAAUGAGACCUCCAGAAAAAGAGAAUCAAGAGCCACUGAGGUCUCUGGAAGAAGGUGACCAGGAGACAAUGAGACCUCCAGAAAAAGAGAAUCAAGAGCCACUGAGGUCUCUGGAAGAAGACGACCAAGAGACAAUGAGACCUCCAGAAAAAGAGAAUCAGGAACCACUGAGGUCCCUAGAAGAUGAGAAUCAAGAGACAUUGAGAUCUCUAGAAAAAGAGACUCAACAGCCACUGAAGUCUCUAGAAGACCGGAUGACACUGAGACCUCUGGAAGAGGUGAAAUCAGAGCCACUGAGGUCUCUUGGAAAAGACCAGGAGAUAGUUAUAUCUCUUGGAAAAGAGACUCAAGAGUUAAUAAGUUCCCUAAAUGGCGAGAGUGUAGAGGCAGUGAGAUCUUUAGAAACAAAGAGUCAAGAACCACUAAAGUCUACAGGAGAAGAAGACCUGGAAAUACUGAAACCUUUAGAAACAGAAAGUCAAGGACCACUGGGGUCUGUGGAAGGGAAACAAGAGACAUUGAGACCCCUAGAAAAGCUGACUGAAGAAUCACUGAGGUCUCUGGGAGAGCAGAACCUGGAGAAUUUGAGAUCUCCAGAGGAGGUAGACAAGGAAAGUCAAAGGUCCCUGGGAGAGGAUGAGGAUGUAGAGAACGGAGAGAAUCAAGAGUCACUGAGGUCUCUGGAAGAGGAGGGACAAGAGCUGCCACUCUCUGCACAUCAGCAGAAGUGGGAAGAUGUGUUGGGGAGGGACCAAGAACUGAAUCAGGAAGUGUCCCCUGGGAGGGCUAGAGUGGACAAUGAGAACGAGGCAGAGCUGGAUCAGAAGGAACAGGAUAGCUUCGCUGGGAAGGGGGAGGCUGUAGAGCAGGGUCAGCUGCAGCUGACAGCUGCAGGGGAGGACUGGAGCACAGGUGAGGGGCAGCCAGGGAGCCCUGAGCCCAAGGAGCAGAGGGUCCCAGCUGAGGGGGCUGGCGGGGAGGAAAGCACUGAGGGCCUCCAGGACCCUGAAAGGCAGCCAGAGCAGCUGGGGGCCCUGGGUCUCCAAGCUCCCUGGGACAUGUCGGAGGUGACAGAGCCGGUGUUGGAAGAUGAGGAUGUGGCCCCCAGGCAGGGCCGAGCCUUCCCAGAGGUCACCUUGGGGUUAGAGACUGCCGUGGGUGAGUCUGCAGGAGCAGAACAGGAACCAGAGCCAGAGAUGGUGGGGCUGGAGGACCGAGGUGGCCUGGCCAGAGAGGAGGUGAUGGGGCCAUCCCUCGGGGAGGAAGGUUUGGAGGCAGAGAGGGUGCAGGACUUGGAAGGGCCCAGGAAGGAGCUAAAAGAGGCAGCUGCUCUGGAGCCAGAGCUGUCCACACUGCCCAGGAAGAACAGAGACCCGCUGGAGACUCCCAGGGGCUGGGAGGAGUCAGAGCCUGAGGCCCCUGGGGAAGCAGGGGAGAUGUUCCCUGCUGAAACCUUGUGCCAUGAUGGAAGUGACACCCCUCAACCUAGGCCCCUGGGGACAGAAGGAGCAGAAGAGGAUGAAAAACCAGUGCCAGGGCCCCCCAGCCCAAGGCCCACUGAGUCCUGCUCACCCGUCCCAAUCCCUGAAGAUGCCCCUGGGCCCCAGUCCCUGACUGAGGGGAGCCAAGAGGGAAGCUGGGGGCUGGAGGGCAGGGCUGAGGUCCUGGGGAAGGUGGAGGGUGAGCAAGAGGAUUUAGGCUCUGGGGGGAUCCCUGAGGGCCUCCAGGAGGAGGAGGAAAGCAGAGAAGAGAGCGAGGCCGAUGAACUAGGGGAGACUCUUCCCGACUCCACUCCCCUGGGCCUCUACCUCAGUUCCCCUGCUUCCCCUAAAUGGGAACCGGCUGGAGAGCAGAGGCCCUCCCCUCAAGGGGAGACCAAAAAAGAGGGCUGGGGCUCUGCUGUCCUGGCCUCUGAGGGCCUUGGGGCCCAACCCUCAGAGGAGGAGGAGGGAGAUGAGGAGGAAGAGGAACGUGGCCAUGAAUCUGAUCUGUCGGAAGAGUUUGAGGAUCUGGGGACUGAGGCGUCUCUCCUCCCUGGGGCCCCUGGGGAGGUGGCAGAGCCUCUGGGCCAGGUGCCCCAGCUGCUCCUGGAGCCUGCAGCCUGGGAUAGGGAUGGGGAGUCUGAUGGAUUUGCAGAUGAGGAAGAGAGUGGGGAGGAGGGGGAGGAAGAAGAGGAGGGGCGGGAGCCAGGGGCUGGACGGUGGGAGCCAGGGCCCUCUGUGGGCAGCCUCCCUGCCCUGAGUGGCCCUCAGAAAGGGAACCUUCUGGGGUCUGAGACCGUGGAUGUCAGUGUCCCCUGGGAUGAUGGCUUGAGGGGUGCAGCGUCCGAUGCCCCCAUGACUGCUCAGGAGACUGAGUCCCAGGACAGCACUGAGCACUCAGGCUCAGAGGAAGAGUCUGAUGCUGCUCUUUUGGAGAGGGAGGACCACGUCUCUGGCCCUCUAGAGACCCUCAGUGGGGUGGAGGACACGGGCUUGGAGGUAGAGGACACCUUUGGUGUCAAUGGCCAGGGCCCCAGCUUGAAGGAAGAGUUGGAGCAUGUGAAUGGGGGUGUGGUGAAUGGACUAGAACAGUCUGAGGGAGUAGGGCAGGGGAAACCGGGAGACCCCAAAGGGGACCCUGAGGGGGACCGAGGGAGCCCCUUGGAGGAGGAGGAGGGGGGUGCCCUGAAGACCCCUUGGGCAGGGGGUCCUCUUCACGUAGGCGCAGGCCAGUUCCUGAAGUUCACUCAAAGAGAAGGAGAUGGAGACUCCUGGUCCUCAGGGGAGGACUAGAGAAAGAGCUCCCUGUCUGGCGCUGAGGACCUGGGGAGUGGGGAGAUGUCCUCAGGCCCCUCCCUAUGCAGAGGCAACACCCCUACCUUAUGAUCUCUUGACCUGUGGUUUCUGUCCGAGGGGCCUGGCUGGCCAAGGAGAAAUGGGUGUGGCAAAGGGACCUGGUCCAAGAAUGGAGGCUCCAGGAAUGAAUAGCAGCCUCUUGGGCCCUGCACUGGGGGGCAUCCUGCCUGCACCGGCCUCGAGAUGCUGAAGCCAACUGAAUCUCUAUAGGACUAGGCCCCCUUUUCCUUGCACCCUUUUCCUCCUCAUCCCAUCACUGGAAAAGGCCAGGGCCAGUGGCUCCUCCGAGGGGAGGGGGCUGUGGUGGUCCAUGCACCAGGGCUCACCAGCUCUGCUCUUCCUCACUGCACCCUCAUGGGAUGUCUGUUUGGUGGCUAAUGAGGGUGAGGAGGUGCCUCUAUGUCCUGGUUCCCCAUAUUCUUGCCAUAUGGUCCUGUCUGGCUCAUCCCUGCCUGAAUAAAGUAAUGCCUCCACCUACAAA